GUAGAGAGCGUUGUUGUGUCAGAGUCUCGCGUUCUCUCGCGAUAUGUGGUUGACGAUUGGAGCAGAAUUCAAACUAACGUUAGCUUAGAAAGCAGUUGGGAGAGUUUAACGACUGAUUUUGUUAUAAACUACAUUUUGAAAUAACUGAUCAAGAUGUCAAAUCUAGAGGAGGAGAUUAAAGCUUUGCGACGGAAAGUGCAUGAGGGAGAAGAGGCUUUACAGCGAGCUGGUCAGUAUGGACUUCAACUGUUGGAUGACAAAAUGGAUCUGCACAACAAACUGGAGGAGCAGCGAAUUGAGAUGUCUAAUGUCAUUGAGACCAUGGAGCAAGAGAAAUAUACAUUACAAAGGGAAGUUGAGUUAAAAGCCCGCAUGUUGGAGAGUCUGCGAUCAGAAUUUGACAUUGUGAAAAAUCACCAAAAACAUCAACUGGAGCAGCAGCAAACUCUGAUGGAGAGGAACCAUGCUCUCGAACUUAGUGAUUUAAAAAACAAUGUGGAGAAAAUGAAGGCAGAUUUAGAAGAGGCUCAGCUUGCGGAGAAACAGAUGAGACACAAGCUGGACCAGCAAUCUGAAUCGCUGCAAAACAAAACAGAGGAGCUGCGUGUUCUUACGGAGCGUGCACAUGAAACCAUGUCCUCUGAGAUUCUUGAGCUACAAGUGCAGAAGAUGGAAAUGGAAUCAGCUAUGGCAACUUUGGAAGAGGAGCUUCAAGAGGCACGAUACAAAGAAGAGCAGCUGCGUUUGGCCAACACCACCCUUCAGAGGCAACUGGAGAGAAUCACAGAAGAAAAGGAAGAGAGAGAGAAGGAGGCGGUGUCCUGCUACAAUGCUUUAGAGAAAGCUCGUGAAGCAAACCAGGAUCUUCAGAUCCAACUGGAGCAGGUGUUACAGCAAGCCCAAGACCCAAACAGCAAAGGCAAUUCCUUGUUUUCUGAGGUGGAGGACAAGAGAGCUGAAAUGGAGAGGCAGCUAAACAGUAUGAAAAGACUGUAUGAGUCUCUACAAAAACAGCACGCCCUCACCAAACAACAUAUGCACCGGAUGAAGAUGCAGAUAGCCACCCUUAUGCAGCUCCAGGGCAAUCGGGCAGACCCAGCGCAACUUGAACGAUUGCAGUUCAUGUUAUCCGAAAAGAAUAAUGAGAUAGAGACCUUAAUGAUGAAAGUACGAGAACUGGAGAAAGAAAAGAGGACAGUUAAAGACCAACAUCCAUCUGUCCAGUCUAAAGAAACUGAACUUGUGGAUGAGACUUACUACACAGACCUAUUAAAAAUGCAACUUACAAGUUCAAAGAAAGAUGCAGACAAACUGAAGGAUGAGUUGUCCAUGGCAAGAAUGAAGGCUCUCUCUGAAAGUCAGAGAGUGUUGGAGUUGGAGAGGAAACUCUAUGGUGCAGAACAAGCACUGAAGCAAAGACACAGUGACAAUAUGAAGCUUCAAGUCAAGCUUGAAGAACUACAAAUAAAAUACACACCCAAUGUGGUGAAUAAAGGACAAGUCCAGAAACGUCGGCGUGAGAAGUUUCCAGUAGAUGUUCCAGAGGUAAAAUCAGCACCUAGCAAAGAGGAAACUGUAAACAUGGAUACAGAGCCAAGCAAGAGCCCGAGUGAAAAUGCACAAGAGGACAAAUGCAGUAUUUCCAUUGAAAAGCCGGUUGUGGUCCCGUUACAGCCUGCACAAACCUCAGAGCCCAACCCAAUCCUGCCUCGCGAGAGCAAAACUGUCAGAAUCUGUGAGGAUCCCCCAAUCUGCAUUCCUGAUCCACCCAGGUCUCCUAUAAGUGACUGCAAUAAUAAGACUGGAGAUCAGACACUUAGCAAUGAAGGAGAGGAGAACUGGAGAGCUGAGAAGAAGAAGAAAAAGUAUCAACAGCCCACCCACAUCAGUUCAGAAAAAACUAUGGCAAGCGAAUGUGCUCAACAGUAACGCUGCUA